AAUAUUCUAAUUGUUCUAUGAUCCAUCUAAUCCAAAAACAAAAUACAAGACAGCUGGACUGGGAAGUUUGGAAAUUAUAUUUAUUUUUAAAUAGACAAAAUAAUUUAGUUUAUUCAUAAGAAUAAUAAAAUUGAUUUUUCCUGUAGUAGGGUUAUAUAUAAUACAUUCACUUAAUCUUACAGUGUAGAUACCAUACAGGAUUACCAUUCUUCUCUAUUUAUUUACAACCAGAUUUCUACUCCAUUUUAUACAGUUUUGGGUAUAUGGGAGCACUGAACUCAAGAAGUAUCAUAAUGACAGUGGAUGAUGAUGAUGACUCUUCAAGAAUUGAAGAUACCUCGGAAGAUACUGAUACUAUGGAUUCUGACUCUGAUUCUGGAGAACAUUUUGUUACUAUGCUACAUAACCUGAUAAGCAGUGGUCAGUUACUGUUGCAAGGUGCCGAUGACGUUGAUAACAGUCCAUUCAAUAGCAUUCGACAAAAGAAACCUCCAACUAUAAAAAUCAAACCCGAUACAACAGUUUUAGAUAAAAGUAAUUUUUCUGUCAUCACAAAACAAGGAUGUGGACUAGUCGACCCUUUACACAAAAAUAUGAAAACGCAUAAUGUGGCAGCUCUAUUAAAAACCCGACAGAGUGGACUGUAUAAACACGAUAACUUCUCAAAAACCUUUAGAUGCAAGUUAGCUAACCAGUACAUACCGAACGAGAUGACCUCUUUAAACGUUAUGGGAAGUGGAAAAAUGUUUUGUGGGAUCUUUUCGGAGAGUGGAGACACUUUUGUCACCGCAUCUCAGGAUCGAAUGAUUGGUCUUUAUGAUUCUAGUACUGGCUUUUAUAAAAUGCAAAAACGUAUAAAAGCUAGGGACGUUGGUUGGAGUAUCAUAGAUGUCGCUCUUAGUCCGAAGGGCGAUCAGUUUGUCUAUAGUACAUGGUCUUCCUCUGUACAUAUGUGCCCAGUGCAUUCAUAUUCAGACCACCAAGAGCCUUUAACAAUAGCCACUAGUAGUAGGAGAUUCUGUAUAUUUUCGGUUGUAUAUUCCUCUGAUGGUACCGAAUUACUUUGUGGUGCUAACGAUGGCUGUUUCUACAUAUAUGAUAUUAAUAGGAAAGAACGCACAUUAAAGAUUCCUGCUCAUAAAUAUGAUGCGAACAGAGUGGAAUAUGACGUAAAUAGGGUCCUUUUCGCCGACAAUUCAUCACAUAUAAUAUUCAGCGGGGCUGAUGAUGGUCUAGUCAAAGUGUGGGAUAGGCGGAUAUUGAACGAUAACGAUAGGAGCUCUAAACCUGUAGGACUUUUAGCUGGUCAUCUGGACGGCAUUACUUACAUAGACUCCCGAGGGGACGGCUUACAUUUAAUAAGUAACAGCAAGGAUCAGUCUAUCAAAUUAUGGGAUCUAAGGUCGUUUUCUAACGAAUCGGUGGUGCAGGAAUCCUUAAAAGCUGUGAAAAAACAAUCGUGGGAUUAUAGAUGGCAAAUGGUACCUAAAGGAUUAUAUCAAUAUCACAAAAUGCAAGGCGAUACAUCUAUAAUGACUUACAGGGGUCACAUGGUAUCUAAGACCCUAAUUAGGGCGCGUUUUUCUCCCGCCGCAACGACCGGACAACGGUAUAUCUACACCGGGUGUGGACUUGGUCGGGUUGUAAUUUAUGAUUCAUUGACUGGUAAAAUUGUGAUGCAGAAGAAAGGCCAUAUGACUUGUGUCAGGGACGUGUCGUGGCAUCCCUCAAGAAAUGAAAUUUUGAGCUCAUCGUGGGAUAGUUUAGUAGGCAAAUGGACUUUUAGUACUCCAGACCCUUGGCAAACAGAAAAAGAAAACCCUCAAGCCGAAGCACUCAAACCGGUCAGAAGAAGUGCUAGGAUAGCUGCUCAAAGGCGGAGAACGGGGGGAAGAAGCAACGAAUGAUUUUUUUAAAUCGGAAAUUCACAUUGAGGUAUCGACUCGCCCAUUAAUUGUUAUUCUCCUCAGACAGAUUAAGUUUUAAGGGAUGUUUUAUUAACAUUUUAGAUUUAUAUAUGAUGUUAAUUGAGAUUUUUUCAGAAGAGAUUAGGGGUCUGUCGUUGACAUACCUCUGUCAGCUUGGCGACUUUUUAGUGUGGCGGGUGUUGAUUUUUAUUUUGUAAUUAAUUGUAUUUAUUAAGGCCGAUAUAAAUAUUCUUUAAUCCAUUAA